CAGGUGUGUUAUAAUGUGUAAUGUAGUUAUAUUACGAGGCUCUGCAAAACGUACCAAUGUUCCUGCUUACUAUGUUUGGCAUAUUUUCAGUGGUGUGACUUCAGCAUAGACCUAGCAAAGUGACAAGACAAACAACUGCUCCUCCGUGACACCUGUGCAGCUCUCUUACCUUUUUGUAGCUUAUAAAUUUGCGUGCCUCAUUGUUAUUGUUGAACUAUAUUAGUGCUGCAACUAACUAUUUUACGAUGAUUUUCUUUCUGUCGUUUGACUUGCUUGAUUUGUCUGCAAAACAGUCGAAGAUCUAAAGGUAGGCUUUUCGGUUUACUAUCAUAAAGGACCAGAAAAUAUAUUCUCACUUGAAAAGAUGAAACCAAGGAACUUUGGGCACAUUUGCCUAAAAAGUACAACACCUCUUAUAACACAUAUAACCCUAACUUCUAACAUGCACUUCCUGUGCUCUUCUUCUUCUGUCUUCAUACAAUUCUCUUGUAUUGAUUUCACUAUUCGUUAACUCUUACGUCUUUCCCCAGUUAUUUACCUGAUUGUUGCUAAUAGCGCUUACUAAUACCUGUUGUCACCUGUAGAUCUCUUACUGUAUUGCUUUUUUGAUGCUUGGAUGUUAUUCCUCAAAUGUAAGUCGCUUUGGAUAAAAGUGUCUGCCAAAUGAGUAAAUGAUGUAAUGUCAAAAAGAUUAGAUGGAUUAUCGAAAUUGUUGCAGAUAAACUUUUUGUCAAUUAAUUGGCCAGUAGUUUCAGCUGGAAACUCUGGAUCCAAAUGUUUCUCAAGUGUGGACAUUCAUCCUGAGGAAAUCUACAACUAAUGUUAGGCUGCUAUUAUGUCCCUAAUCCUUACCUUAGCUUGCCAUUUGGUGUUUGUAAAUUAAUAAUCUUGCUCAGCAUUUCAAAAAAGAAGCCUUUAUAUCUGCCAGAGACAUGUGAAAAAAAUAGCAAUUAUCUUCAAUGGAUCCAUUACAUUGUCAGUUUUCAUUUCACUUACAAAUUAAAUCUGUUCCUCCAACUGACACAGUGCCCGUGUGGCCAGAGUUUUUCAAAGCUUAAUCCAAAACAAAGACAUAGAGACGUUCCAGCGGCAUAUCAGAUCACACUGGGUGCACCAUCUGUCCCCUCCAAACCACUAAAACUUGUGAGAGUCUGAUUUUCUAGCAAUGUCAUGCAGACCUUGAUGGCAAAGUUUAUUUUUUAUUUUUUAAGGGCUUUAUUUGCAUUUGCUCGUAGUCUCCUGUUAAUCAUUUGGAUGACCCCACUGUACCUGUGCAGGUGAAAUAUUGUCUUUAAUCAAGCUUUGUACAACCUCUGUGUUUUUCACAUGCAGUGAUUUAUGUCUUCAGUUUGCAGGCACUGUAGUACAUGCACAUAGAGCUCUACAGCGAUGAGUGGAAUGGAUCUGCAUUCGUUCAUUACAAACUACAGAGCAGAAGAUGUGGAAAAACUGUCACUGCGGAUGAAAAAUGGUCUUGGCAGCUCAAAGUACAAACCGGCUGAAUAUAAAAGACUACAAGCCAUUGUUGAUGCGAAACGCCAGGAGACUGAUCUAAUUGGACAAAAGGUUCAGAAGACUCGCUGUGCAGCCAAGGCAACCAAGGAGAGCUCCAUAUUACGGCAGCACAGACAGGUGUGGAACAGAGAGUGCUCCAGGCUGCAAAAGGCUGAGGAGAAGGCUGAGAAUGACAUCCAUGAUUUUCUACAGCAGAUCAAGCCAAAUGGUAGAACAGACACUGCCACCUUCUCACUUCAGGAUUAUGGGCGGCUCCUAGAUAGGGAGAGGGAGGCAUUCCGGAUAGCCACCGUGGAGCCUGUUCUUCAGCUCAAGGAUGAUCUGUGCUUCAGACUGGGUGAAGUACAACAUCAGCAGCUCACUGCCCACCGAUCAGUCUGGGAACAAGUAAUACAACAGGUGACCUUUGUGAAAGACCAGCAGGAUGACAUAAAAGCAAAACUUCAUGCAGAGUUCCUGGCCCUGGAGGAGGAGAUCUCUGGCCUUGGCAUGGAGAAAUAUCUUACCAGUGCUUCAGACAGUCCCGUAAGCAUAGAAAACAUUGCAGAAGAGGUUGAUUCAGACUGCCCUUACCCAGAACUCAAGGACUCCCUGAUCCAGGCCUUCUACUCCCUGUCAGAAAUAUACCACAGCAGGCUGCAGCAUCUCCAAGAGCAACUGCAAAGAACUAACAGGUUCUGUGGCUGGUGUGCAGACGACCACCAACGCUUCCAGUUCACUUUGUCUCUGUACACUCCUGACAUACCCAACCACAGGGCGCUCUGCAUGGACAUGCUGCAAAGACUGUUCCCUGAGAAAACUAGACAAGAGCUGAUGGAGCAUGAACGUUUGUGGGACCGGCAGCGCUUCACCGAGUCACAGCUGAGAGCAGUGACCCAGAAGUGGCAGCGGGACCAGGAAGAGCUGCUGGCCAGAGCUCUGGUCAUGCUGCAGGAGGCGAGACAUGCCCACCAGGAGGAGCUGGAGCUCCAUAGAGACCGCCAGCACCAGCUGGACAUCUGCUCGCAUCUCAGAGAGAAGCUGCAGCAGUGGCGGGCCCAGCAGGAGGAGGUGGCGAAGCUGGAGGCAGCUAUAGCUGCUAGACAGCAGGAGGAGGAAGAGGCGAGGUUAAAGAGGGAGCAGGAGAAGGAGACUGCCAUCAGAUCGCAGCAGAAAGAAAAAGUCAGGCAGUUUUAUUUAAAGCAGCAGAAGAGGAGGGAGGUGCAAGGGCAGAGGGAUCAAGAAAGACUCGCUAAUCUGAGAAGCAUCAUGGAGGAACAGGCAAGGCGAGAUAAAGAGAGGGUACAGUUUCGGGCAGAUAUGUUGCAGUGGCGAAGGGAGGAGAGAGAGGCGCGGGAGCUUGAGCGGCAGAGAGAAGAAGAAGAGAAACAGAAUCGUCUGGAAGUUCUCAGAAACCAGGUUGGGGUGGUGGCAGAGGCAGACCCAGAGAGGAUGAUGGCAGAUACAGAGGCUUGGAGAAGUCGACACUUGAAUGUAAAGUUUGAGUUUGAGCUCCAAAGGCCUCUCUACAGUAUUAACACGUACACAGACACACAGAUUGUAUCUGAUCCAAGAGUGCGGGUUGAGCAGGCUCUGCGGGAGGCUGGUCUGCACCACAGCCAGUAUGCCCAAGAGGUUCUGUCUGUUAUCAAGCCCCCUAAACCACCUAGACGAGAUACCAAAUCCACACUGAAAUUCUGAACAUCUGACCCCAAAAAGGGGGUUGUCACAUUAUUUAGAUCUGCCAGCUCUUGUUCUGGUACUGAGCAUUAUAUUAAAUGUAAUUUUUCUAAGCUGCAUGUAUAAGAAUCAUAUGAAGUUGGACAGAUUCUGCUGCUUGGUUGUCCAGCUUCUGUAGUCACAAACUCAUAUACAGUAGCUAUAGUAUUGACCACAAGUGACACAGUGCAAUUACUAUUAAUGACUUUUAUUGUAGGGUUAAUAGUCUGCAGCAUCUCCUGAGAAAUACAUCAUAUCAUUCAUUGUGUUUGAGCUCUGAUAAACAUGUACCUCCAACAAAUGAUAAUGACCUCUCUGCACAUUUAUCACUAUGUACUGACUGCCUAUGCUACUUUCAGGAAGUUUUAAUUUGCAUAAACAAGCUUGUACGGCAGAAGCUA